CGGAAGUGGGCGGCUGCGGUUCGAGCAGAGCCGUGCUGCUGGCGGGACCUGGCCGAGCUGGAGGGCGUCGGGGAGCGGGGCUCGGGUGGCCCCCGGGGCCCGGGCGAACGGGCUGCCGGGGCGCCUUCGGCGGUCUCGGCGGCGCCAGGGGAGCGCGGUGGGGAUGGGGCGCCGGGCCGGGCGGGCGCUGGGGCCUCGGCCCUGUUCGCGGGGCUGCAGGACCUGGGCGUGGCCAACGGCGAGGACCUGAAGGAGACGCUCACCAACUGCACGGAGCCUCUGAAGGCCAUCGAGCAGUUCCAGACAGAGAACGGAGUGCUGCUGCCCUCCCUGCAGUCGGCCCUGCCCUUCUUGGACCUGCACGGGACGCCCCGUCUGGAGUUCCACCAGUCGGUGUUCGAUGAGCUUCGGGACAAGCUUCUGGAGCGCGUGUCAGCCAUUGCCUCGGAGGGGAAGGCUGAGGAGAGGUGGGUGGGCAGGUCCAAGAAACUGGAAGACCUUCUGGAGAAGAGCUUUUCUCUGGUGAAGAUGCCAUCUCUGCAGCCAGUGGUGAUGUGUGUCAUGAAACACUUGCCCAAGGUUCCUGAGAAGAAGCUGAAGCUGGUGAUGGCUGACAAGGAGCUGUACCGGGCCUGUGCUGUGGAGGUGAAACGGCAGAUCUGGCAGGACAACCAGGCACUCUUUGGCGACGAGGUCUCCCCGCUGCUGAAGCAGUAUAUUCUGGAGAAGGAGAACACGCUCUUCAGCUCGGAGCUCUCCGUCCUGCACAAUUUCUUUAGUCCUUCCCCCAAGACAAGGCGCCAGGGUGAGGUGGUGCAGAAGCUGACACAGAUGGUGGGUAGAAACGUGAAGCUGUACGACAUGGUGCUGCAGUUCCUGCGCACGCUGUUCCUGCGCACACGGAAUGUGCAUUACUGCACGCUGCGCGCCGAGCUGCUCAUGUGCCUGCACGAGCUGGAUGUCGGCGACAUCUGCUCCGUGGACCCCUGCCACAAGUUCACCUGGUGCCUGGACGCCUGCAUCCGUGAGCGGUUUGUGGACAGCAAGAGGGCCCGGGAGCUGCAGGGGUUUCUCGAUGGAGUGAAGAGGGGGCAGGAGCAAGUCCUGGGGGAUCUGUCCAUGAUCCUGUGUGACCCCUUCGCCAUCAACACCCUGUCGCUGAGCACUGUGAGGCACCUGCAGGAGCUGGUCGGCCAGGAGACACUGCCCAGGGACAGUCCUGACCUCCUCCUGCUGCUCAGGCUGCUGGCACUGGGCCAGGGAGCGUGGGACAUGAUCGACAGCCAGGUCUUCAAGGAGCCCAAGAUGGAGGUGGAGCUUGUCACCAGGUUCCUGCCCAUGCUCAUGUCCUUCGUGGUGGACGACCACACCUUCAGCGUGGAUCAGAAGCUCCCGGCAGAGGAGAAAGCCCCAGCCACGUACCCGAACACGCUUCCAGAGAGCUUCACCAAGUUCCUGCAGGAGCAGCGCAUGGCCUGUGAGGUGGGGCUCUACUACGUGCUGCACAUCACCAAGCAGAGGAACAAGAACGCGCUGCUCCGCCUGCUGCCGGGGCUUGUGGAGACCUUUGGUGACCUGGCGUUCGGCGACAUCUUCCUCCACCUGCUCACGGGGAACCUGGCGCUGCUGGCAGACGAGUUCGCCCUGGAGGACUUCUGCAGCAGCCUCUUCGAUGGCUUCCUCCUCACGGCCUCCGCCAGGAAGGAGAGUGUACAGCGGCACGCGCUGCGGCUCCUCGUCCACCUGCACCACCGGGUGGCGCCAUCCAAGCUGGAGGUCCUGCAGAAGGCACUGGAGCCGUCGGGUCAGAGCGGAGACGCGGUAAAGGAGCUCUACUCCCAGCUUGGUGAAAAGCUGGGGCAGCUGGACCACCACAAGCCCAGCCCAGCCCAGGCCACUGAGAGUCCGGCCCUGGAGCUGCCCCUGCCCGCUGUGCCCGCCCCCACUGGGCUCUGAGGCUUUCCUUGGGCUGCUCAGGACUGGGCAGUGCCCCGGUAGGGACCUGUGAGUGCUGGGGCCCCAUGUCUCCUGAAGCGAGUCGGCUGCUCCUGGGGCUCAGGUGGGCUGGGUGAGACCCCCUCUGCCCUGCAGGCCGUCCUGUGGGUGGUGCCCCUCCACAGCCACAGCCCCGCCCUGAACGGGGUCCUGGAAGGGGUGUGCCAUCUGUGUAAACGGGACCUGCGUUCCUUCUCAUGCUUUCCAGCUAUGGAACGCCUGCUCAUGCCUGCCUCACAGGGUGGGUACCCACUGCAGAGGAGGAACAGAAGGGCAGUAGUUGGGAUUAGGACUAAGCCACCUGUUUUCCAAGGGGAGAGGGCAGAGGGGCCAUAGUGUGAAGGGACGGGCUGGGCCAGCCCUGCUGGCAGAUUGGUUUGUGGGCCAGGACGCCUGCAAAUGAACCCAGCUCUGUCCAGGUUGCUUCUGAGGUCUGACAGUGGACACUCUGGCUGACCCUGGACCCCAGAAGCAGGGAGCUGCUCCUACCCUGGCUGGCAGCAUCCCAUGGAGCAGGUACGGCCAAAGAAGCCUAGGCCUCCCGCCUGCUACCUCAGUUUACCCCUGAAGCCGGAACUCCUUGCUCGGCCAUGCUGUCUUGGCCCAGUGAGGGGUUGCUGUUACACACAGUGGGGCUGACUUUCGUGAAUAAAAGGCAUUUGGUGAAUGCA